AUGACUGCGCGCAUCGCGAGUGCCCGCUUUCGGCAACGGAAACUUUCUACAAAGCAAAACUUACCUAUUGUUCGCGAGCAUGAGGUUGAGCAGCUUGCCGAUGACGACGCCUCGCGACACAUUCCCAAAGUCGAGACUGGUGUUGAGAAGGGCGAGGAGAUUGCUGUCAUCUCUGCCGCCCAGGCAAGCUCGACCGGGGGUAAGAUCGCGCAGCUCUUCAUACCAACACCAGAUGCUGUCGCGAGUCAACUUCAGUAUGAUGACCUCUACCAAAAGGUAUUCAGACAGCCUGCCACAUACAUUCGAUUCUCGUCGACUGUCGAAGACACAUCAGGUUGCCCGUAUUGUAUGACAAGUGACGAUGCUGCCUUCCUCAAGUCAUUCAACCAAAAGCAAGGCAAGAAAGCCCACUGCUCUGAAGAUGAAUUCGAGGAGAUCAUGUACUUCUUCGAAGAGAAGACCCAGGAGAAGCAACCGUAUGCAGAUGUCGACAAUACCCCUGUGCUCCCCUUCGAAGAACUCGAGGCAGAUUUCGAUGAAACGAUCAGCGAGUCAGCGCGUCGAUUCGCGAAGGAAGUCUAUGUGCACUGGAAGAACCAGCGUUUGCUGAAAGGCAACCGCCCUCUGCUGCCGUCAUUGAAGUUCGAGAAGAAUCUUGAGACCGAUGAUGCUGACCCAUACGUGUGCUUCCGCCGCCGCGAAGUACGACAAGUGCGAAAGACACGUGGCCGAGAUGCGCAAGUGAAUGACAAGCUCAAGAAACUUCGCAAGGACCUUGAAGAUGCACGCUUGUUAAUGUCACAUGUGCGCCGGCGUGAAGUACUGCAGAGAGAGCAGAUCCAGAUCGACAAGACCAUCUUCGAACAGCGCGCAGCUGUCAAGGAGAUCAAGAGGAAAUUGAGUAUCAAGGGCGACGACGAAGAGCUCCUGAUCACUCAAAAGCCUGCUCCUAAGCCGAAGAGGCCAGCUGAUCUUGAGAGAGUGCGCCAGAAUAUUCCGGGUAUGAAGCCGCGAGACACUCGUUCCGACGGACGUCUCGUGGACGGCGACCUGGUUUAUCUGGAGGAACAGCAAACGAAGAAGACCGAAGCAAUCGAAAGCUUCAUCGAAGACAACCUCGUCAAGCACCAGAAAUGGAACGUUGGUUGGGUGGAUGCGACAUGGCGGCCCAUCACUCCACCGCUGGAGCUACCAGCUGCCAAAUCAGACUUCCGUACGGUCUUCACGCAGUCGCAGUUGCCCACACCACCAGCUUCUGUUUCUGAUGAAGGAGGUGCUGAUGCAAUGACCGUAGAUCGUGUGAACAAACAGGACGAGCCACGGAGAAGCGCGCGGAUACGUUUCGCAACGCCUCCAGAAGACGUUCCUUUUCAGGACCAAACCCGGUUCCGGAGAAGAAUCGGUCGAGGUGGGCGUGUGAUGAUUGAUCGUCGCGGAAUGAAACGGCAGAAGAUCGAGAACGGCGAAGUCGACGAGCGCGUUGCGGAUCGAUGGAAGUUCUCCGGUGAUAGCAGUGAGGACGAGCAGAUAUAUGCAGUGGACUGGACCGACACCAUGCACAUCAGAUAUAGGAACAUGAUUGACCGGCAAGGCGAAAAACAGCAACCACAACAAGUUGCACCAAACCCGAAUCGAAGGUCCAUCGAAAACCACAACCGGUCGGCCUCUGGUCAUCUGAUGCCCCCGACACCCACAAAUGCUAGCGCUGGGUGA